GUGAAAGAUCAACUAUUGAAGCGACGGCAUGGCGGCCGGCUCUGAGGAGGGAAAACCUAUUCAGGGGAGACCUGAUGCUGGCGCUACGAGCGAGGUUGUUUAUGGCGAGAAGCCUCAUGGAAACCCCGCGGAACCCAGCCAGGCUGCCUUCCCGCCGACUUUUAGCGUCUCCGAAAUUAAGAACAAGCAGCGGCGCCACUUCAUGUUCCUGCGCUGGAAGCAACAGCAGAAGAAGGAAAAAUUAGCCCUUAAGAAAAAGAAGAAGAAGGAGCGGGAAGCCCUUGGAGAUAAGGCACCACCAAAACCAGAACCAAAAACCAUUGAAAACCAGCGUGUAUAUGAUGAAACCACGGUUGAUCCAAAUGAUGAAGAGGUUACUUUAGAUGAUGCUAUAGAUGAAUUUGCUCCAUACUUCAACAGGCAAACUGUUCCAAAAAUUCUUAUCACUACAUCUGACAGACCUCGUGGGAGAACUGUGAGAUUCUGUGAACAGCUAGCCACAUGUAUUCCAAAUUCACAUGUUUAUUAUAGAAGAGGACUGGCUUUAAAAAAAAUUAUUCCACAGUGUAUUUCAAGGGAUUUUACAGAUUUGAUUGUUAUUAAUGAAGAUCGUAAAAUACCAAAUGGGCUUGUAUUAAGUCAUUUGCCUGAAGGUCCAACUGCUCACUUUAAGAUGAGCAGUGUUCGUUUACGAAAAGAAAUAAAGCGAAAAGGGAAAAAUCCCACAGAACAUCAGCCUGAAGUAAUCCUGAAUAACUUUACAACACGUUUGGGCCAUUCCAUUGGUCGCAUGUUGGCUUCUCUCUUUCCUCAUGAUCCUCACUUUGUUGGCAGACAAGUAGCUACAUUUCACAAUCAGCGUGAUUAUAUAUUUUUCAGAUUUCACAGAUACAUCUUCAAAAAUGAGAAAAAAGUGGCCAUUCAAGAACUAGGCCCACGUUUUACCCUAAAAUUAAGGUCUCUUCAAAAAGGAACUUUUGACUCCAAGUUUGGGGAAUAUGAAUGGAUUCACAAGCGCCGUGAAAUGGACACAAGCCGAAGAAAAUUUCAUUUAUAAGAAUGAACACAGUAAUACCAUUUUUGUAUUUUUCUCACCAACAAAAGCUUCUGGAGUACCCUUGAAGAUAUUCAGGUUACACAUGGAACACACACACACACAGACCUUGCGAACAUGGCCACGACCCUAUUCUCUUCAGGGCUGAAAAUUCAGUUACUUUUUAUAAAUAAUAGAAGACUUCAAGAAAGAGGAAAGAGCUGCAUCAGUCACUAUCUCCUUUUGUUAAGAAGUCACGGACCCUUCUCAAAAAUAAUGCUUUGUAAUUUAAUUCUUUCAUAUCUUAUUCUGAAUUAAAAUAUAUCUAGUUCUGGAUCUUAAAAUCAGGUUUUGUGCUGAAUAUAUUAUUUGCCACAAAUAAACAUUUUACAUGUCAAAUACUAUUACCGGGUAUUGUUGAAUGUUCAAGCAGUUCAUUAACGCAGAAAAAUAACAGUACAAUUCAGAUAUAGUGGCUAUACAGAUUUUGUUUAUUUGAUCUUCGGUAAGCUUAAUUUUUUUUUAAAUUGGAUAAGGAACUGAAAUAUUCUUCAAGUACCUAUACAAGGAACAAAUGGGAAAUGAAUCUUCUUUUUUUAAAGGGAGAAGAAAUUAGGGAACACCCCAUUUUCUGUGUCCAUCUUAAUGAAACUUGAGAUAAUGGAAAUUCUGUCGUCUAUAAUCACAGGAAGCGAAAGAAAAACAAAGUUCUUUUUAAUCUGACCAAUAUUACUCAGUUCAUAUGCAAUUCUAAUCUACAGAUUAACCUUAAAUGCUUUAAUAUUUGUUUACAUACAUGUAGGUACUACAAAGCAGUUCCCAGUUUGGACACAAUGGUAAACUGUACUUCCCAUUUUUCACUAAUUGUCCCCAGAUAUACAAAGAAAAAAAUGAUUUUAGAUAUAAAACUUCAGUUCCUCAUCAACAAAUCCUUGUCAAAGAAAUAUCUGAAAAAUACGGCUUGAACAUCUCAAAAACCAA